AUGAGAAUAUUAAAAAGUCAUCCUUUAUUAAAGAUAGUUAAUUCUUAUAUGAUAGAUUCACCACAACCAGCUAAUAUAAGUUAUUUAUGAAACUUUGGAUCAUUAUUAGCAUUAUGUUUAGGUAUACAAAUAGUAACAGGUGUUACAUUAGCUAUGCACUAUACACCUAGUGUAUUAGAAGCAUUUAAUUCUGUAGAGCAUAUUAUGAGAGAUGUAAAUAAUGGUUGAUUAGUACGUUAUUUACACGCUAAUACAGCAUCAGCAUUCUUUUUCUUAGUAUACUUACACAUAGGUAGAGGAUUAUACUAUGGAUCUUACAAAUCACCUAGAACAUUAACAUGAGCUAUAGGUACAGUUAUACUUAUAGUUAUGAUGGCUACAGCGUUCUUAGGAUAUGUAUUACCAUACGGUCAAAUGAGUUUAUGAGGUGCUACAGUUAUUACUAACCUUAUGAGUGCUAUACCAUGAAUAGGUCAAGAUAUAGUUGAGUUUAUAUGAGGUGGUUUCUCUGUAAAUAAUGCAACAUUAAACAGAUUCUUUGCAUUACACUUCUUAUUACCUUUUGUAUUAGCUGCAUUAGCUUUAAUGCACUUAAUAGCUAUGCACGAUACAGUAGGAUCAGGUAAUCCAUUAGGAAUAUCAGGUAAUUAUGAUAGAUUACCUUUUGCACCAUAUUUUAUAUUUAAAGAUUUAGUAACUAUCUUUAUUUUCUUUAUUGUAUUAUCAAUAUUUGUUUUCUUUAUGCCUAAUGCAUUAGGAGAUAGUGAAAAUUAUGUUAUGGCUAACCCAAUGCAAACUCCACCUGCUAUUGUACCAGAGUGAUAUUUAUUACCUUUCUAUGCUAUUUUAAGAUCAAUACCUAAUAAAUUAUUAGGUGUUAUAGCUAUGUUCUCAGCUAUCUUAGCUUUAAUGGUGAUGCCUAUCACAGAUUUAUCAAAAUUAAGAGGAGUACAAUUCAGACCAUUAAGUAAAGUAGCCUUCUAUAUUUUCGUUGCUAAUUUCUUAGUAUUAAUGCAAAUAGGUGCAAAACACGUUGAAACUCCAUUUAUUGAGUUAGGACAAAUUUCUACUGUGUUAUAUUUUGCACACUUUUUUGUAAUAGUACCUGUAGUUAGUCUUAUUGAAAAUAGUUUAGUAGAAUUAGCUACUAAAAAAUAA